GUCCUUUAACAAGCGAGAACAGAGCCGGGGAGGAAAACGGAGCGACGGAGGACGGACGGACGGAGACACAGGAGAGGAAAGUGACGGGCAAGUGCUCUUCCUUCCCUCGCACCUCCAGGACCCCGACGAACGCCGAGGAAUCCAUUGUGAGGCACUCUCAGUCUGCCCCCAAAUCCAGGAUUCAGGGUGUUCUUCAUGGAAGUCGCAAAUCCCGCUUCUUUACGCGGAUCGCACGCUUGGCAUCCUAAUAUUCUUCACUUUUUCUUCUGGAGUUGAGGGUUUUUAAGACUUCAAUUUUUUUUUUCACGAAACAGGGAUUCAGGGUUUUGCGCUGCAAGUUCUUGGCUUUCUUUCGCAUAAUCGACCGAGGGGUAAAUUGCUUAGCUUUUUAAUCGAUCUGCUUGUGUAUAGGCAUUUCUACUUCUUUUUCUCCUUUUUUUUAGAAAAAGAGGAGGAGCCCCGGCCUACUUCUUUUUCUCCUUUAUUCUGGCGAUUAAUGGUUUUUACAUGCCGUGGUAAUUAUUAUUUUUACCAAGAUUGGCUCUACCUCUCAAGAUGCUGUAUGUUCUUAACCCUGCAUUAUGCCAUCAUAAUUACAUUUUUUUGUGCCUACUGUGCUUAUUAAUCAGUAGUGUUUUAUAUGAUGAUGUGCUACCUUUCCCUGAGAUGCACUAUGAUUUAAUCUUACUUGCAAAGGAGGGGAGAAGAGGAAGGGACAGAUCUAUGGGCAACUGCAAGAGUUCAUCUCGUGCACUCCUACGAAAGGCCCAUGUUGUUCCGGAUUCAGAAUGGAGGAUUCAGGACUUUGGAAAGACGCAUGUUCCAGAUUUAGAAUGGAGGAUUAAUGACUUCUCAUCGCUGCUUGAGACAAGAGCUGAGUCAGCAAGAUCUGACACUUUUCACUGCUCUGGGUAUAACUGGAACCUGGAAGUGAGUCCAAUGCAUAAAGAAGCUGGUUCGGAAACACCAUAUGUUGCUCUUCGUCUUGUGGCAUCCCGACUAAGCAUGGUGCCUGGUCACAUGGUGCAUGUGGUGUUCGAGUUGUCAAUAUACAACCAUUCAAAAGGAAUGUACUGUGGAUGCAAAGCUAGCUACAACUUUCAUUUCAAGAAUACCUACUCCAAGGAGCAUUGCUUGAUUCCUCUUCAGGAGCUACUGAAACCAUCUGCUUUUCUAGUUGAUGAUAGCUGUGUCUUCGGUGUGGAGAUAUUAAAAAUUGAUGUCUCUUCUACUGAAAAGAAGGCUGUUGUGGUUCAGAAGAAGGCUACCACAGUUCAGAACCUCUUUGUCCAGAAGAAGGGGUUCAUCAAAGGGACAUACACUUGGAACAUGAAUAAUUUCCUUGAACUGGACUUGGAUCACUUUGUCCGUUCUCCUGCAUUUGAAGUUGGCGGGCAUAAAUGGUAUGUUCAGAUGUAUCCUUGUGGUAAAAGGUACAGCACUGAUUGCCUCAGCUUGUACUUAUACCUGGAUGCCUCGGAUGAGCUCCAUCUCGAGUCCAAGAAGGUGGUUGUAAUGACUGUGUCCAUCCUGGACCGAAAGAAUGGGAUACACUUCACUAGAACUUCAGGUCUCUUGGUGUUUACGGGUGGACACGGCUGGGGAUGGGCUAAUUUCCUUGAACUCAAGAAACUCAAGGACCCGUCGGGAGGCUAUGUUGUAGAAUCGAGCUGCGUUGUGAAGGCAGAUCUCACUAUCAUUGGUUUAUCCAAUGAUAGUUAGAUGUUUAUCUCAUGGCCUAAUGAAGAGAUAAUGCCCUUACAUCCUACUUAUAACUAGACUUAUAUUUGAGAUAAUGUUGUGGUAGCACUACUAAAAACUUGUGGGAUGAUUAGUAGUAAUGAGCUGGGUUUGAGAAGUGAGAUGAUUUCACGCAUAUAUUUCUAGAUAUAUGUAUCGAACAGAAUUAUUUCAUCGGAAGUACUUCUAUAUGCAUGGAUGAUGCAACUA